AAGAUAAGUUUUACAUCUUUGGGAAAACAAGCAUGUAUUUAGCUAAAAUUAUAAAAGAUUCUUUGCAAGUUGACGUAACCACACAUAUUGUACCGAUGCAGAUUUGUUUGUCUGUAGACAAUGUUUUCAAGGCUUGAAUAAGUAUGAUCGCACUUCAAAGAAACUAGAAGAAGAAAGAUCUUGAUCAGUCUUUUGUUCAGCAAGAGAAACGACUGUGGGCAAGGGAACAUGACGGAAGUCAGAAUCCCAAAACACUAAAAGCUGUGAAGUGUCCUGGACGUUUUGUUGAAUGAUCGAGAACUAUCGGUAAAGCUUGAAAAAUCAAGGAUGGCAUGCUUCUGGUGGGAAUUUAAGCACGAAUUUUUGAACAGCAAACUCAAAACUGUCCGCGAUGCCACCUGCCAUGUUUAGUAUGAUCGCACCUUAUAAUACGUGAGUUUCUAUUGGYCAAUAAUUUUGGUGGGAACUGCUGCAAGGAAAUGAAAGACAACUGUACUGUCAACUCAGAAAAGUGUGGGAGUCAAGUGCUAAGACGCGAGUACAGACAAAGAGGUAAACAAGAUCCAGUACAGCUACUGAGAGUUUAUGGUCAAAAGUGUAAAAUUCACAUUGAUGCACAAGUGGCCACUGCAGCAGAACAUCAUUCUGUUAUGAUGCCAUGGCAAGGACAUGCUGACUGUAUGAUUGACAGAUUUGAUGGAAGAGCUAAUCUGGACAUAAUUCCAACAGCAUCAGUAGAUGGAGCAGUAGGGCCACUCAUGGAAACUGACCCAGAACAAAACCGCUUGAACUAUGAAAGAUAUAGGACUUUGGUGAUGAUUGAUCACACUGAAGUAUCAGAAGAAGAUUAUCUGCAACAACUYGCAGCAGAGGAAAUGCUUCCUAGAAAAGAUUCUAUACACGGCAAGGAGAAAAAAGAGAAGAGUGCAGCCAAAGCCUCAAUUGGUUAUAGUUAUGAUGAUAGUUCAGUAUCAGUUGCUGCUACAGGUGGUGAUGAUAGUAAUGAAAGUGAAGAAAGUGAUGCUGAGAGUAUACCUAGUGAUAUAGAUGUCACAGUUGAUGUUGAUGAACUCACCAAGCAGGAAAUGCAAGAAAUAGACAAUGUUGCUAUGAGUUAUGGGAUGGCACCAGCACAGUUUUGCAGGAAGUUGAAAGUUGAUAAAAUAGAAGCAGAAGAACAAAAGAAAAUCAAGGGAGAGGAAGAGGAAARAGCGAUGAUGGGGGGUCGUAGGUCUCGUAAAGACAGAAGAUCCGCGCGUGAACGCCAGAGACGUCACCGUGUCAAGGAUUCACCUCCAAGCUACGCUAGACGGUCAAGUCCAACGUACGAACCAUACAGAUCAGGAUCAAGUUCCAGUUCUUCUUCACGCUCCUGUUCUCCUGAAAAUACAACCCAAGUAGAGUUUAUCACUGAAUUUGGAGAUGAUGGGACCAAGGCAGGCGUGUCCACUUUGUCCCGGUCUAAAAAGCAAGGACGGGAAAACAAAGUUGUAGAUCGACGUGAUCGAACUAGACGUCGACGAAGCAGAUCACGUGAUCGAUCGCGAAGUAGAUCACGUGACAGAAGACGUGAGCGGAGUUCUUCGCGUGAUUGGCACCGCUCACGUGGCCGUAGUAGAAGUUCAUCACGUGAUCGACGCAGACAUAGAAGCCGCAGCAGGAGUAGCUCCCCCGAACAUGAUCGACAUCACGAAGGUCGUUAUUGCGAUAGYAGAGAGUCGUUAAGAGCUAAAGACACAGCCAAAGCAACCGCUAAAUUAACAGGAUUGAACAUGGAAAGAAAAGGUGGAUUUGCUAAAGACAAGGCAAAACUUACUCCUCAAGAACGAAUGAAAAGAAGAAUGCAGSUCAUGCUAAACAAGCAACUGAAAGUGGAUCGCAAAGAAGAACGCAUAAAGCGAGAUGCAAAAGAACAAGAAAGACUGGACCGUGAGGACGAUCUCAGAGAAAUGCAAAGAAAAUGGAGAGAGAGUCGUCGUUCUCCCUCCCCAAGAAACUGGAGCGCUCAUCGAAGAAGCCGAUCUAGGUCACCUGAAAGAGGUCGUUCUCGUCAAGCUGAUAAAGACUCGCCAAAACAAGUUCCAAUUGUGGACUUUGAUCAAGAAACUCGAGACGAAGAAGUCAUCCAUUAUGUGUACAACUAGUCGAGAAGUGAUCUCUCUUUUCUUAAUCACUAUGUCGAAUCAUUGUCAGGCAGACCAUUAAUUAGAAAUCUGUAUUGCUCAAAUGUAUAUUUUUAAUACUUAGUUUUCAUCAUUGAUGUAUGUUUUCAUGUAAUGGAAGAAAGUCGAGAAAAAUAUACCAGCGCGCGUCCUUUUAUGUUA